AUUCCUCCCCUCCUCCGCGUGCGCUUCCACGCCACCACCACUACGCGUCCCUCCCACCGUCGUCACCGCCACCACCAUUCACACCGCUUCCCCCGUUCGUCACCGCUGAUAGCAACUAAGCAGCACUACUUUUCUCCGGAUUCUCGCGGCAGCGCCGCGAUUUGGUCGCUGUCUUGAUUCUUUCCCGGCGGCUGUUCCGCUGGUUUGUUUUCCUCCCUCCCCGCGCUUAAUCCGCUCCGCCUUCUCCGCCCCAGUCAGCCCGCGUUCUAGUCUCGAGAGGAAAGAUCCGAAUUAGCGAUCUCCGUGCAACAACUUCUCGGACGAACCGCGCGAGCGCGAGCGAGCGCGGCGGGCGUUGGAGCUGCUUCAGCCAUGGGGAACUGCCGGCGGAGAGGCCCGGCGGCGCUGUGCCUCCUGCUCUGCUUCCUGCUGGGGUUCGAGCCGUGCGCGGCCCUGAGCCAUGAAGGUCUCGCGCUACUGAGACUUAGGGAGAUGGUGGAGGCCGAUCCGUCUGGCGCUCUGGCGGGUUGGGAUGGGGCGGACGCUAGCCCCUGUUCUUGGUUCGGCGUGGCGUGCUCGGAUGAUGGGCGGGUCGUAGGCCUGAACUUGGCAAAUCUUGGUCUCAAGGGCAUGUUACCUCCGGAGAUUGGGCAGCUUACUUCCAUGCAGUCUCUCAUACUGCACAAGAACUUUUUCUAUGGUAUUAUCCCUACAGAGAUAGGAGAUUUACGGGAGCUGAAGGUGUUAGAUCUGGGGUACAAUAACUUCAAUGGACCAAUUCCAUCAGAGCUAGUACACAUUAUAUCCCUGGAGUUCAUCUUUCUUAAAGGAAACAGACUUUAUGGCGGAUUACCUUCUGAAUUUAAUGAGCUCAUCAGUCUGUGCGAGUCUCAGGUUUACCAAGACUGGACUUUGUCAAAUAGGAUGUCCACUGCAAGGAGCAAAGAGAAUUCUACAAUCAGAAGACUUCUACUAAGCAAACAAAAACAUUCUCCAAAGAACGAGAUGCUUGGUUCUGAAAAUUCUGUAUUGGAACCAUCAGAUGUUAGCCCUUCUUUCUCAAUCGAAUAUCCCCCCAAGAAUCCAAUGCCACCACAUUUCCCCAAGAAUGACCCAACUCGACCAAGUCCUCCACUGGCACUAUCACCCCCUUCUGAAUCUGUUCCUUCUGUUGCCCCUCCUGCAUCUCCCAACGUAGGCCAAACCGAAAGCCAAAAGAGCAAGAGCAGUUCUUCACUAGCAUAUGCAUUAAUAGGAGCAGCGAUUUUUUCUGUGGUUCUAUCCUUGUUAGUUGCAGUAUUUCUUUGCUACCGCCGUAGGAAGACUAGCAGUGUUGUGCCCUUGUCUUCAAGUAGGCAGUUGCAGACCGAGACCACUAUCCUGGGAGGCAUAACUUCGUUCAGACGGUCAGAACUCGAAACAGCCUGUGAAGAUUUCAGCAAUGUAAUUGGUACACUACCUGGAUGUACAUUGUAUAAAGGAACCCUCCCAUGCGGAGCGGAAAUAGCUGUUGUGUCUACAUUGAUAAAAUAUGCCUACGGGUGGUCUCCUAUAGCUGAAGCACAAUUCAGGAAUAAGGUUGAAACCUUGUCGCAAGUGAACCAUAAGAAUUUUGUGAAACUUUUGGGUUACUGUGAAGACGAAGAACCAUUCACCCGGAUGAUGGUGUUUGAAUAUGUUUCAAAUGGAUCACUAUUUGAGCACUUGCAUGUUAAAGAGGCGGAGCAUUUGGAUUGGCAGGCACGUGUACGGAUAGUGAUGGGAGUAAUAUACUGCCUGAAGCACUUGUACCAGGAGAUUCCUCCUAUGAUCCUAAGAAAUCUAGACUCUUCAUGCAUAUACCUGACUGAAGACAACGCUGCAAAGAUUUCAGACGACAGUUUUGGCGGUGACAAGAGAGACAGCGAAGAUGAAUUCGAUGAGCCUGAGGAGUGCGCCAUAGUGUAUAAGUUUGCCUUGCUUCUGCUUGAGACGAUCUCUGGAAGGCGUCCGUUUUCCAAUGAUAACGGGCUCUUGAUUCUGUGGGCACACCGGUACCUCACUGGUGAAAAGCCCUUGUUGGAUAUGGUGGAUCCAACACUCAAAUCAGUCCCCGAGGAGCAGGUCAGGGCACUCACAGAGCUGGUAAAAUUGUGCAUAAAUGAUAACCCCUGGCUGAGACCGACAGUGGCAGAGGUAACCAGAUGGAUGCAAGAGAUCACUGGGUUUUCUGAAGAUCAUUCGACCCCAAGGAACAGCGCAUUGUGGUGGGCUGAAAUUGAAAUCCUCACGUCAUAGAGAAAUAUAUACUAGUCCAUUGUGGAAUUGUUUUGCAGAAAUUCGGCAGUAGUAAUACUGUCUACUGACAGAAGGAACAUAGAAAAUUGUACAGUUUGGUGUUCUUACUCUUUAGGCAGGGCAUGCAGUUGUACAGAUAUGCCUGCAGUGCACUCACCAUUCUUUCAUUCUUUAGCAUUACCUCCGUUCGGAAAUACAAGACUUUUUAGAGAGCUAAAUUAGCUCUCUAAAAAGGCUUAUAUUUCAAAAAGGAGGUAGUACAUCCUUUUCGAAUCUCUUUGAAAUGAAAUUUCCCUAGGAAAUCCUGGAGAGCUUGUACAGUUGAAGGAUAUGCCAGACAAUUGUGAAUAAAGUGAACAAAAUAUAUGUUUGCA